UCAGUUCCCUUCCGAUCCAGCUGACUGUGCCCGAGCCAGAGCUUCGGAGAGGCGGACCCAGGAAACUGCAGAAACUUUAAGAGCUCCGCAGGCUGAUCCGAGAGGCGAAGUUAAGGCGCAAAAUGGUGUCCUCCCCCGCCGUCCUGCGGGCUCUGAGACUCUGCCGAUGGGGCCCAAAGAACUGGGCGCGGUUGCGGGGACCUUCAAUGCUGAGACCGGGUGGCCAGGUCUCCUGGCUUACAGCUCGGACCGCGGUGACGAUGACGGUGGAGCCCGCGGGCCGCAGCCUCUGGGACGAGCCCGUGCGCAUCUCGGCCAGCGGCCUGGCCCCCGGGCAGCGGGUCACGUUGCGCGCGUCCCUGCGCGACGAGAAGGGCGCGCUCUUCCGGGCCCACGCGCGCUACUGCGCCGACGCCCGCGGCCGGCUGGACCUGGCGCGCGCGCCCGCGCUGGGCGGCAGCUUCGCGGGGCUCGAGCCCAUGGGGCUCUUCUGGGCUCUGGAGCCCGACAAGCCCUUCCUGCGGCUGGUGAAGCGGGAAGUGCAGACGCCCUUCACGGUGCAGCUGGAGGUGUUGGACGGCCACGAUCCGGAGCCCGGGCGGCUGCUGGGCCGGACGGAGCACGAGCGCCACUUUCUGGAUCAAGGGGUGCGGCGGGAGCCGGUGCGCGCGGGCCGGGUGCGCGGCACGCUCUUCCUGCCGCCAGGUCCUGGGCCCUUUCCUGGGAUUGUGGACAUUUUUGGAGUUGGAGGUGGUCUUCCAGAGUACCGAGCAAGUCUGCUGGCAGGGAAGGGCUUUGCUGUGAUGGCUUUGGCUUAUUAUCACUAUGAAGACCUGCCCAAGGACAUUCAGACCCUCCAGCUGGAGUACUUUGAAGAAGCUGUGGACUACCUGCGAAGUCAUCCUCAGGUCCAAGGUCCUGGAGUUGGGCUGCUUGGGAUUUCCAAGGGGGGUGAUCUCUGCCUCUCCAUGGCCUCUUUCCUGAAGGGCAUCACUGCCACGGUCAUAAUCAAUGGCUCUCUAGUCAAUGUUGGUGGAGCAUUACAUUAUAAGGGAAUGGUCCUGCCCCCUGCGCCUCUGAACCCAAACCGAGUCAAGAUGACCAAGGACGGCUUUUUAGACAUUGUGGAUGUUCUGAACAGCCCUUUGGAAGAAGAAGACCAGAACAGCAUCAUUCCUGUAGAAAGGGCUGAGAGUGCCCUCCUGUUCCUGGUGGGGCAGGAUGAUCACAAUUGGAAGAGUGAAUUCUAUGCUACAGAGGCCUCGAAGCGCUUAGAGGCCUGUGGCCACAGAUGCUGCUGUUAUCAAUAAUACAGCACUACAUCCGGCCUAAUGGACACAGUCAAGAAGGUUUGGGCAACAGGAGGAACCAAGGAGAACAGGGAGAAGAGCAGUUUCUCUGUACUCUGACAGACUUGGAACGCCAGUUGGAAGAACAGAAGAAGCAAGCUCAGGAUCACAGAUUGAAAUCCCAGACAGUUAAAAAUGCCCAUGAGCGCUUCUCGGCCUCUAAAAAGGCCCCAGCCCCACCGUCCUGAGCCCUUCUCCUCCUGUCCAGCAACCUCAAUUCACCAUCAUCUCACCCAUCACCAUUACCCCAGUGGGUCAGUCGUUCCCCAUGGGCAGCAUUCCAGUGGCCACCCUCCACCAAAGCUCCAGUCCUGCGACUGUGCUCACAAGCCUCUGGCCCUCAGCUCUUCCACUGUGCCACAAUGGUCUCCUCUGCCAAGAGCAGCUCACCAGACACUGUGACCAUCCACCCGUCAUCUAGCUUGGCACUGCCCAGCUCCACUGCCAUGCAGGAAGGGAGUACGCUGGGCAACAUGACCACCAUGGUGAGCCCUGUGGAACUGGUGGCCAUGGAGUCUGGUCUGACCUCGGCAAUCCAGACAGUUGAAAGCACCUCAGAGGCAGGACAGACCAUCACCAAAAUUGACCCCACCCCAGCCCCAGUGCCUUGGUAUCUACUGAUAGCAAAGCAGUCAUUUUGGACACCGAGCUGAGGACUGAGGAGAAACUUGUGGCAGAGAUGGAACAACAGCAGCACCAAGUCCGCAGUGUGUAGAUUGUGAUCUUAGAGGACUAACUGGGAACCUUGGGGCCAGGAGAUAGAUUUUGGUUUGAAAUUUUAAUUAUUUGUUUGUUUGUUUGGUUUAAAAAAAAAAACAAAACGCUGGCUGAUGCUGGGCACCUCUACAGAUAUCCCAGAGGUUCAGCCAGUGUCUCUCUCAGGAGUUUGGUCAUGAAGGACUGACUCUUCCCACCCAGAAGACAUAAGGGGGCACAGAGUCUCUUGGCACAGGGCCAAGAGGGCCUCCUCCCUCCCUCCCUCCCUCCCUCCUUCUCUUCCCUCCUUUCUCUCUUUCUCUUCCUCUCUUUCAUCAGUGGAUCCUCCUUUCCCCAGGCAGCCUGCCCAGCCUCCCCCUCAGUGGCUCUCUGCUGCCCUCUGGGACAGCAGCUGGGGCUCAGCGAAAGCUCAUGAACAGAGUCGCCAGUGUACUCUAGGGCGGGUGCUGAGCCAGAAAUGGCUGUCAGGAAGCAGUUCUAAAGGCUCCAUUGCAGACAGCAAGCCAGGUGUCGCCCUCACCCCACCUUCCAUGUAUCUUAACCAGGAAAAAUGCAACAACACACGGCACAUGGGUAGCUUAGGAAGUGGAUAAAUACCUUAGUGUCUUUAUAUGUUUGGGUCAUUUUCUACCUUUGUGACCUUGAAUGUUUAUCUUUAAAUAAACCUCUCUGUCUCUGUCUUUCUCUCUCUCUCU